AUGACUCCCCGCUCAACACUCAAGACCAUUCGCAAUCAUAUCCUGCACCAAGCUGCACGCUGCCACGCUUCUCUUCCACACUUUUCCCUAGCACCCAGACUCCAGACCAUAGUCACCAAGGCCCGCCAGGGUCCCUUUCCCAUCCCCGAAGAAUACAUCAAUGCCAGCUCCUCCUGCCACGUCCAGAACCCCGCAUACGAGCAAUACAUCUGGACAGACACCACAGCCCGUCAGUUCAUCGAAGCAUACUUUCCCUGGUUUGCACCCAUAUACAACGACCAUCUUCUUCCCAUGCAGCGCGUCGACGUGCUCCGGUACUUCCUCCUCUGGUAUUACGGGGGUGUGUACCUAGACCUUGAAAUCGGGUGCCAGUGGCCAUUUGCUUCCUUGUUAAUGGGUGCAGAGCAAGAGGGCAAGGUGCUGCUGCCUCAGCACUGGCCGUACGGAGUCGGGAAUGAGUUCAUCGCGAGUAAGCCGAACCAUCCGUUUGUGAUCAAGGUGGCGUUGAGUGUACAUGAGCAUCGAUGGGGAUUUGUGCCGGCGUAUGCCAUGGCUUUUGUGAGUGCUGGGGCGGUGUUGGUGAGUCGGGUGCUGGGAGUGUGGUUGUCUGCUGUUGGGGGUGGAGUAGGCAUUGUGCCCGAGGACAUGUUCGAAAGGACUGAAGAGGCAGUCUUUAUGACGUUUGUCGGAGAAAGGCCACGCGGUGAUGAGGUUGCAGUGUCGGAGUGGUUCUUUGGGAAUCGGAUGGGUUGGUGUGCGGCUGGGAUUGCGCUUGGGGUGAUGGGGUUGGUGGUGUUCGGGGUGAGGAGGGAGCCGAGGAAGCGGGGGUAUACUCAGGUGUAG